UUACUUUACUACAUUCAUAAAAAGAAAACAAGUGUAUACUAUCCUCCAAUAAAUACAGAGGCGUUACCUUUUAUUUUGUAAAGGUAAAACUUUUAAGUCUGAAGAAUGUUGAUGUACAUAUGUGUAUUUGUACUGUUGGGAUCUGUGUGUUUGCAGAGCCAGGAAGUUAAAGAACUUCACAUAGAUAACAGUGUGACUGCCUGCAUCUACAACAGCACAGAAGCAGAAGAUGAGACUGAAUCUGAUGGGAAUGAAAUGUUUUAUACAGAUUACAUUAAUAAGAAGAUAGUAAUGACUCUACCUGAUUUUGCAAAUAAAUUUGAUGUAGUCCCAGGAUGGCUUCAGACGGCAGAAGCUGAUAGACAGACCUGUUUACAUAAUGUUGAUGUUGCCAUUCAAGCGGAAAAGUCUCCACCUGAACAGAAAGAUGCUCCUCGUGUGUCAGUAUAUCCUAUGAAUGACUUAGAGGUGGAUAUCUUUAACAACCUCAUCUGCUUUGUCACAGGAUUUUACCCUAUACCCAUUAAAUUAUCAUGGUACAAAAAUAAUCAACUAAUAUCUGAUGGAGUUGAAAUUAGCCGCUAUUACCCUAACGAUGAUUUAACCUUUCAAAUAUUUUCUCAAAUAAAUUUCAUGCCUAAAAUGGGAGACAUUUAUUCUUGUGUGGUUGAACACAGUGCUAUCAGUGAACCAGUGUCAGUUUUUGGGUCCUUCUCAGAUCUUAAUCAGGUUUGGAAAAUGUUUGGGGAUUAUUUUCAGGGACCAUGUCUUCAGUUGAAUUAUAUAUGUAAGUGUAAUCUCUAUUUGCAACCUUUAGUUUAGCUAGAUAAAUAUAUCCCUUUUGAAUGCCGGACAAGCACAUGCCCUUAAACGUAGUUCAGAAGAAUACAGAUCCAAAUGCCCUUGAAAAUAAUAAUCUUUCUUCACUGUUGUGUAGCAUUAUGCAUUUUCUUAUUCCUGAAAUUUGUCAAAAUUUAAAAUGAAAGGUCUUGAGAACAUCUAUUACAUAAGCAAAGCAAUGUCCUCUUUCAUUUUCCUGGUUUUCCAUAAUAGUUGCUUCCAUAAUUAUAAUUACUUUAAAACUUCAUGAUGAAUUUAACAGGAUUUCCUGUUUCUGCCCAUUUGUAUAUCCUAAUUAUUUACCACAUCUUUCCCACUAGCUUUAUUUUUAGGCUCUGCUGUUUUGAAGAUCUCAAAGGCAAUAACCCUGACAGCUGUCUCAGUCAAAAUCUGCUGUAGUUGUCCACUGCACAAUAGUCAACAAUAAUUUAAGUUUAUCAAGUUGGUGCCCAUUAUAUUAAUUUUACUCUACCUGUUCCUUAGAAUAUUUAUUCAUUUAAUUUCUAAUUUCCUCAUAUAUAUUCUUUGUAGCUUUCUUCAUUUUCCUCAUUUCCACCACAGCUUGUGCAUCAGGCUUCAGUUUCUAAAGGCUGCCUAUGUUAUUUCUCUUGCAAUACUCAGACAGGUAUCACAGUGUUCUGGAAGUUUGAUAUUGUGGUAAUGAAUAAUUAAUGAGACACAGAUUUUGGUGAGUGAAAUUAAUAUGAGGAGUCUUCACUGCAAGCCUUGCUGGCCUAGCCACUUAACUUGGGCCAGAUGUGGAGUGCACUGUCCUAGUCUCUUUCAGUGCUGCAGUCCCAGGAAUUGUACUUUCUGCUGUAGGAAACCUACCAGGGUUAUUAAAAUGCAACAUAUUUUGAACAAUAAUAGGUGCUACAUUAAAAAAUACUGUUAUUAGGGCAGUUAUUGUCUCAGUAAUCCAUACCUAACAAACAGAUGCACUUUGGAAUCAUACAUGCCUUCAGUUAAGACGAUAAUUUAUAAUUUAUUGAAUUAAAUAACUAGAUUUUAUCUAAUUUAAUAUAUUCUUCAAAAAUAUAAAAGGAGUACUGAAAUAUUCAAAAUAGCGAGAUAAAUAAUGAAAGAGAUGGCAUUUCAUCCCAGGUCUUCCUAUCAGAAAAAAUAAUUUGCUAUGUGGUGGGAAUACAGUAUAUUUUAGGAUAUCACUAUUCAGGUAUUUGUAGUUGUCAUUGUUGUCAUUUUUCAAGUUCUUCAUUGAUGAUAUAGCUAUUGUGUUGUUUAUAUAGACAAUGAAAACAAAGAGAGGACAGACAACAAAGUAAGUUACAAAGGACAAAUAAUGUGAUUUAACCCUUCUUGAACUACUGAGCCAUCCUCUGCACACUUCUGAUUUGUAUCUUUAUAGCCAACAUAAGUUGUGGCUUUCCAAAACCUGUGCAGGAAAUACCAGAUUCAGAUAAUAGGUGAUGAAAUUGGUGUAUAAUGAUUGCUUUUAUCACAAGGUAUAAAGUUCUGUUACUUUAUUCCUUACAUAAGAUCUUUUUUUC